CAGUACCCCUUUCAUCUUAGCUUCGAUCGAUCACCUGUGAACGCGACGAUGAAGUUCCGGUACGCCAUGGUGUGUUCGUCGAACCAGAACCGAAGCAUGGAGGCUCACUCCCUCCUCAAGAAGCAGGGAUUCGACGUGUCAUCCUACGGGACGGGGGCGCACGUCAAGCUCCCUGGACCUUCCCUCAGAGAACCAAACGUCUACGAGUUCGGAACCCCCUAUAAGCACAUGUUCGAUGAUCUCCGCCGCAAAGACCCCGACCUCUACAAGCGUAAUGGCAUCUUGCCAAUGCUUAAAAGGAAUUCAUCAGUCAAAACCGCACCUCAACGCUGGCAAGAUAAUGCUGCUGAUGGGCCAUUCGAUGUGGUAUUCACAUUUGAAGAAAAGGUUUUCGAUAUGGUUGUUGAAGAUCUCCACAAUAGGGAUCAUGUUCUUAUGAAAACUGUUCUGGUGAUCAACUUGGAAGUAAAAGAUAACCAUGAGGAAGCAGCCAUUGGGGCUCGGCUUGCUCUAGAUUUGUGCCAAGAGAUUGAAGCAACUGAAUCAUGGGAGGAUUCAGUUGAUGACGUCGUGUCUGGUUUUGAGAAGCAGCACCGGCGGAAGCUCCUGUACAGCAUCUCCUUCUAUUAAAAUGGUGAAUAUCUACAGACUAAUCACUUCACUGAAACUUCGGACAUCCCUUUGCUGACAUGUUGAUGAUGCCCAUGAAGAUUAAUGUCCAUGCUCUGGAGCUGUUUGAAAAUUUUGAUGGGCUUCUGAUGUUUGUUACACUUCAUGCAUGUAUGUUCUCUUGCUUCAACUUCACUUAGAGAUUUCUUUAAUUCCUUUGCAUUGAUGAUCAGGAGUUAAAAAAGUCAGUAGAGAAACAGUGACUGAAUUGGGCUACUUAAUUUGGAAUGAUGGCUGUUUUUACUUCUU